UUCUGGGAAAGGCGCCUCUAGUUUACAUAUCAACGGAACAAAAUAUCGUAAUAAUCACGUCUGAACCGUGCGAAACUUCUACGCUAUUUCAAGCUUGAUUCCUCCAUCGUUUAAGUUAUUCGUUGGCACAAGGAGGAAAUAUCCGACUUAUAGAGGCUACUGUAAAAUUAUCUUGUUAAUCGGAUUGCGAAAAGAUGGGGAAAUCAGUCAGCUGCAGCUUCUUCGUUUGGUUCCGAAGCUGACUAAGUGUGAGAGAAUGCUUUCAACUUGGACGAUUCCAACAGACCCUGGUUAUAACACGAGGCGACCUAGCAGUGCCGAAAGAUACAGACAAAGUCCGCUAGAAUGUCGUCCAAAGCCCAGGGUCAAGCCAGAAGCCAUAACAAACGCAAUCAAAGGGCAAGGAUCUCUUUCACAGCUUUUUAAUCCGACAUCCAAGCCAUAUAACAUUUUGUCAAGACCUGGUUCUGCCCAGCCUAAGAAUUUCACCAAAGAAAAUGUAAAUCACAUCAAGAAAAUCCAAAAAGCCAAUAAGGAGAAACAAAAGGAUCUAUCUGUUGUUGGGGAACCAAUUAAAGCUGUCUAUAAACCUGACAAGUUUGAGCAUGUGGAAUCUAAAGUCGCCAAAGAAGUUAAGGCCCCUCCCCCUCCACCAAGGUCAAACUCAGCUACAUAUCUAAGAGCACAUUCAAGAAAUGGUCCACCUGUUAAAGAUAGGCCCUCUUCAACAGAGCCUGUGAUCCCCAAAGAACAGAAGCUGACAGUCCCCAAAGCAGACAUUGCUAAAGAGCGACAGCCUGUCCGAAAGGAAAGAAACCAUGUAGCCAUAAAUGCCAGACGGGCUGCAUCUCCUGGGCUUUAUCGACGAUCGCCCUCUGCCAUGGCACUUGAAGAACUCAAGCAGAAGAAAAAAGCUGAGGAAGAACUAUAUCGCACAAAGUCUUAUGGAAAUGUACCGAAAUAUUUGAAGACUCGCCAGCAGCAAUGGAAAAAGGAGGAAGAAACUAGGAUAGCAAAUAUUCCCGAUCCUAGCAUUCCUCCGGGACACACUCUUAUGCAAAGAGAUGAAAGACUCAAGACUCUAGACGCUUUGCAGAAGAAUCAAGAGGAAUUGCUAAACGAACUCCGACUGCUUCCGGUGCGAGUCGACACGUUACGAGUACGUACGAGGAAAACCGAACUAGAGCGAAGGCUCACCGAAAUCGAAAACGCCAUCAAAAUAUUCUCCCGACCGAAAGUCUUCGUAAAACUCGACGACUGAUCGAUGAUAGGGGCAAUGCAGUAAAGGAUUUAUACAGAAACCUAUAUAUCAGAUUAGAUUAUGUUUUCUGGUUAAACACAUGUUAUUUUUAUUCUCUUAAAUACUUUUUGGUAUUAUUGCAUACAAAUCUUAAUUCAUUGAAUUUUAAUUUCGAUGUUUGAUACCUUGUAACAUGGGCUUCCUGUGUCUUCCAGUGCGUGUUAUUAUCAGCACAACGUGCUGUAAUAGAUAUAUAUUUACAUAAAGCGUACGCAUGCGCAUAUAUUAUUACUGUACAUACUAUCCCAAUAAAGAGUUGUUUCAUUAAAA